AUGGACGGCAUGUCAAUGGCCACCACAACCGCCGCCAUGGCUGCUACUGGCACCAUGAGCAUGGCCGCUACCACGAGCACCAAGGCCGCCAUGUCUGGCAUGGGAAGCAGUACCGGCUGCAAAAUCUCUAUGUUGUGGAACUGGAACGUCAAGGACAGCUGCUUCAUCAGCAGCCAAUGGAAGAUCACCUCCAACGGCAUGUUCGCGGGCUCUUGCAUCGGCGUCAUCCUCCUGGUCAUGGUCCUCGAGGCCCUCCGCCGCGCCGUCAAGGAGUACGACAGAUACCUCAUCAAGGCCCACAGACAGCGCUACGCCAGCGCCGGUGCCGCCUCCCCAAGCUCCGCUAGCGCCGACGACCACGCCAAAGGCCCCUCCGGCUCCGCCGCCGCCAUCGCCGCCCACGUCGUCCCGCCCUUCCGCCCCAACGUCCUGCAGCAGGCCGUCCGAGCCCUCAUCCACAUGUGCCAGUUCGCCGUCGCCUACUUCGUCAUGCUGCAAGUCUACUUUGCUACCGUCCGAGAGAAUUGCGCUAAUAACUUCUUCAGGCUUGCCAUGUACUACAACGGCUACCUCAUCAUCUGCAUCUUCAUCGGCUCCUACAUUGGCGCCUUCCUAUUCCAGUGGGAGACCCUCUACGAUGAGCCCACCUCUGCUGCCCGCGAGGCCACCGUUUGCUGCGGUUGA